ACGCAGACACGCGCGAGCAGGCACUCUACGCGACUUUCGCGUCGUCACGUGCAGGGAUCAGCGCCACUGGUCAUGACGCUGCUGUCAACAAGAACAGCCCGAACUGGAAAGCACUGGAGUGGCGCGUGGGUCCCUGUCUGUGGCGCGAUCCCGAUCUCAACCGAGGGUUCAUGCAGGUCGGCCAACAAAAAAAGUUGUCGAGCGACUGUGAUCGUGCCAUAAUAAGUCGCCAGACUUUCGGGGCCGGCCUCUAAAUCACCCAAUGAGUCUGUUGGAUUCUACCAUGAUCGAUCCGUUAUAAAACAUUAUACAUCUCCUUGAGAAGACAGAGCAUCGGGCGCACUGAUGAAUGUCUUCUCCCUAUCUGGCCCUGGCGUCCGCGCAGGGGGCCGUCUGUGGAACUGUACAGUUUGUCGCAACCAGACAGCAGCAGGCGUCGCGAGAAUAGGGCAACGAUACAACACAAGGCCCUUCACGUCGAGGACAUACCAAUCCAAUGGAGGCAAGAAGGGGCAAAGAGAAGGGCCUCGCAAAGCGCUGCUCUGGGCUUCGACCGGGACGGGCACGAUUGGUGCGACUUUCCUGGCAUUCAGCGACGACAUCAAGACCGGCAUCGACGCGACGGAGCGGACGACGAGGGUGGCCACGGCGUUGGCAGUAUGCAUCAACGACUACCGGACGACUUUGAACACCCGCGAAACUACGAGCGACGAGAAAGAGAAGGAUGAGCUGCUCAAAGCAUGUCACCAACGUUGUGCGGACCGCACCCUCAAGGUCUUGGAGAAGAAUGGCGGCAUAUACAUCAAGCUCGGCCAACACUUGAGUGCGAUGAACUACCUGCUACCGAGCGAAUGGACGACCACAUUCCUACCGUUGCAAGAUAAAUGCCCCGUCUCCUCCUUCGAGUCCAUCCAAGACAUGUUCAAGAAGGACACUGGCGAGGACCUCUGGUUCUACUUCUCCGAGUUCGCAGACCAGCCAAUUGGCGCCGCAUCUCUCGCGCAGGUUCACAUCGCAACAAUGAAAGAUACCGGGCGCAAAGUGGCUGUCAAAGUCCAGCACCCAGAACUCGAGGCGUGGGCGCCGCUCGACCUCGCCACCACGCGAUUUACAUUCUCGACCCUCAAGCGCUUCUUUCCCGAGUACGAUCUCGAGUGGCUCUCCUCCGAGAUGGAUGUCUCCCUGCCCAAAGAACUCAACUUUGUGGAAGAGGCCGAUAAUGCGCGAAGGAUGAAGGAGCAUUUCGCAAAGCUGCCUGAGCUUCCCCUGAUCAUCCCAGAGGUGCUCUGGGCCAAGAAGCGCAUCUUGGUGAUGGCCUGCGAACCUGGCAAACGACCCGACGACCUCGAGUAUCUGGAUGCCAAUGGCAUUGAUCGCGACGAGGUGUCGUCGACCUUUGGCCGCAUCUUCAACGAGAUGAUCUUUGGUGACGGUGCGCCGCUCCACUGCGAUCCCCACGGUGGAAACAUUGCGAUCCGAAAGAACGACUCUCGGCGAAGAUUUGGCCGGGGCCCGAACUUUGACAUUAUUCUGUACGACCAUGGACUCUACCGGGACAUUCCCCUGCCGCUACGACGAUCCUACGCAAAGAUGUGGCUGGCCGUCAUUGACGGCGACGUGCCCCGUAUGAAGAAGUAUGCCUACGAGGUUGCGGGCAUUGAGGAGAAGGACUUUCCUCUGUUCGCCUCCGCCAUCACAGGCCGUGAUUACAGCAUCGUCAGCAAGCAAGGUUCGAUUCUGCAGACACGCACCUCGGACGAGCAGCAGAACAUGAGUGGCGCGUUGCAAGAAGGACUCAUUGUGGAUCUCGUCCAGCUUCUAAGCCGCGUUCCUCGCAUCAUCCUGCUCAUUUUGAAGACCAACGACUUGACCCGAAGUCUGGACGAGAACCUGCAGACCAGGCAGGGUCCGAUACGAAAUUUCAUGAUUCUCGCCCGAUAUUGCGCCAGGACAGUCUUCUAUGAGAAGUUGGAGGAGAUCAGGGCGACAGGAUCGUUGAUCUGGCCAGCAAAUGCUCUGAGGAUGUUUGCCGCGUGGCUCAGCUUUGCACGGGUCGAACUCAAGCUAGAAGCCUUUGAACUAUACCUUGGUGUCAAGCGGAUGCUUGGAAUGCAGAGCACGGAGUUUGGGAGCAGUCCUCUGCAAACAUAGAAGGAAACCCGCAUAGAAUGUACUAAUUUAACUGUAUAUACGACACGUUGCCAUGAUCCAGCUGUUCUCGACUUAUAAAAAUGCUUCUUAAUCCAGCCUGACAUUCUAGGGAGAGUACCAACUUUCUCAGAGACAAGAAGAAGCAAAAGGUUACGCUCGAUGUGUCGUUCGAAGACGAAUCUUCUCAACUGCCAUAUAGAAUGGUGCUUCAACGGGGAUGGCACAAAAAGAAAAAGGACUCAAAAAGAUGAUUUCGCCCGGGCUUGAACCGGGGACCUUCUCGGUGUUAACGAGAUGCCAUAAACCAACUAGACUACG